AUGUGGAGGAGAAUAUUCGCGCAUGAACUCAAGUAUGAUCAACCCAAUGCAUCUUCAAAAAACUUGAUCCUUUCAGUUCUGAAUACAACCGCUACAAAACGAGAGGCUAAGGAUUAUCUCUCAAAAUAUACAAAUGAUAGUGGGCAGCAUAAUCAUUGUUUGUUUUUUAUCAGGGACCUGCAUAAAGUCGCACCAGCGAUUUUGUCCCAGUUUUCAAGUGUCAUAAAGAGACUAGGAAUGCUAGGUUUGCGACCUAUGUUUGUAAUUCCGCCGUCGCCAACUCAUGUAAAUAUACAGGCAGAGUUACUUGACAGUAUCGUUACAGAAGCAGAUUUAAAGCCACUUCACCUUAAGGAGGGUCUUACUAAAUCCCGCACUGGGUUAUAUCAUUCUGUUUUUUCGCAAGAGAGUCGUUUCUUUGAUAUUGGAAAUUCCAAUUUUAUACCAAUUGUGAAACCUUAUGUGUAUAAUGAAGAGACUGCUUCAGAAUUCAUGACAAAGGAUGUUGUAAAAUUUAUGGAUUGCCUGUGCCAAGGGAAUAUUCCACACAUUGACAAAUUCUUCAUUCUAAAUAAUGCCGGAGGUAUACCUUCGGGAGAGAGAAAUGAUAACGCUCAUGUAUUCAUCAAUCUUUCUCAGGAACUCGAGCAUUUGUCCUCGUCAUUAUCUCACAAUAUAAGCACUCUAACCAAACGAGAGCCACGCUCCCAAAACCUGUUACACAGAAUGGAGGUGUACGUUAAAAAAGAUGAGAUAUCUUCCUUAGAAUGUGAAUACCAUGAUCAUUUAGAAAACCUGUUAUUGAUGGACAAAGUUUUAUCAAAUCUAGCGGCUACAGCAACGGGACUGAUUACAACUGUCAAAGCUGCCGCACUAUCAUCAGAUAGGAAAAAUCCUUUAGUAUAUAAUUUAUUGACAGACCGAUCGCUAAUUUCUUCUUCUUUACCAAGGUUUAAAAAAAAGGACGGCGAGAUAGACUCACCAGCCAACAUGUUUGAUGAUCACGCAUGGUAUGAAUUGCCUUCCCAACAGGUAAAUGCAGCUCCUUCUAACUCAGAUGCAGUUUUAGUGACAACUGUUCUCAAAAAGGGCGUCCAUAUCAAAACUUAUGACUAUAAGACGCUGACUCAAUUCAACUCAAUUGGGCUUCCAAAGAAGUUUCACGUACCUGAGAAAGGAGCAAAACCCUCGAGCAAUAGUCCAAAACUAGAUAUCAACAAAUUUAAAUCCAUCAUCGAUCAGAGCUUUAAAAGAUCUUUGGAUUUGCAUGACUACAUAAAAAGGAUUAAUGGAAAAAUAGCUACAAUUAUUGUGAUAGGUGAUUAUGAAGGCAUUGCAAUUCUUACCUAUGAAGGCUCGGAGGAAAAUUCCUUUGUUUAUCUCGAUAAGUUCGCCGUUCUACCACACUUGAAAGGCUCGCUGGGUAUAUCUGAUAUAAUCUUCAAUUUGAUGUUCAAAAAAUUUCCUAAUGAGAUACUUUGGAGAAGCAGAAAAGACAAUGUGGUGAACAAGUGGUAUUUUCAACGUAGCGUUGCUGUGCUAGAUUUGUCGAUUGACUUAGACCCCGAACACUGUGAUGAAAAGCAAAGCCAAUUUAAACUAUUUUACUACGGUAACCCUCAAUACGCUAAGAGGGCACUACGUGACAAGAAACGUUUAAGAGAAUUCAUGAGGUCUGUCAGGGACAUCAAGCCAAGUUGGGAAAAUGAAAAAAAUAUUUCAUGA